CACACUCACUCACCUUACCAAAUUAUGAACCAUGGAAUACCAAUACCCAUCAUCUUAUAGCGUCUCUUCCUCUUCUCACUCCAACCACCAUCAGCAAGGCUCAACAACGAAAUCCCUCUCUUCAUCACAACGCAGCCUUAUCUCAGUCCCCUCCCUCAACCACCACCACCUCCACACCCCAAAUUCCUCCGUCUACCACCACUGCCUCACAACCCUCAAGGGCCACACCUCCUACAUCUCCUCCUUAACCCUCUCCGGCAAAAUCCUCUACACCGGCUCCUCCGACCGCGAAAUCCGGUCCUGGAACCGCAUCCCUGAAAACUCAUCAACCGACAACAGUAAUAAUAAUAACAAUAACAGCACCGUACUCGCCGGUAAGGGUGCUGUUAAGUCGUUAGUAAUCCAAUCCAACAAACUCUUCAGCGCGCACCAAGACAACAAAAUCCGCGUCUGGAAAAUAAGCAACAACGACGACCACCACCACCAGAAAUACACACACGUGGCCACGCUCCCCACCCUCGGCGAUCGCGCGUCUAAAAUCUUGAUCCCCAAGAACAAGGUCCAAAUCCGAAGGCACAAGAAAUGCACGUGGGUUCACCACGUUGACACCGUCUCUGCCCUCGCCCUGUCCAAAGACGGAGCCUUGCUAUACUCCGUCUCUUGGGACAGAACACUCAAAAUCUGGAAAACCAAAGACUUCACGUGCUUGGAGUCCCUCGCCAAUGCCCACGACGACGCCAUCAACGCGGUCGCAGUCUCCUACGAUGGGUGCGUCUACACGGGAUCAGCGGACAAAAGAAUCAAGGUGUGGAAGAAAUUCGCAGGAGAAAAGAAACACACCUUAAUAGAGACCUUGGAGAAGCACAACUUUGGGGUGAAUGCGUUGGCUCUAAGCAGCGACGAGAAUGUUCUAUAUUCUGGUGCAUGCGAUAGGGCUAUUUUGGUUUGGGAGAAAGAGGGUGAUGAUGGGAAAAUGGGGGUGGUGGGUGCGUUAAGGGGGCACACUAUGUCCAUUUUGUGUUUAUCUGUUGCUGCGGAUUUGGUGUGUAGUGGCUCUGCGGAUAAAACGAUUAGAGUUUGGAGAGGUUCUGUUGAUGCGCAUGAAUAUUCUUGUUUAGCUGUUUUGGAAGGGCACAGGGGUUCAAUCAAGUGCAUAAGCGCAGUGGUUGACCACUGCAACAACACCAACACAUGGUCGCAGUCGGAAGCAUUAUCUUUUCUAGUCUAUAGUGGCGGUUUGGACUGCCACAUUAAGGUCUGGCAGAUUUUAGUUCCUGCUAUCUAAGUUAUAUGGCCCAUAAUAAUAAUAGGUUCUUUAAAUUUCUUCUUCUUUCUUUCUUUUUAGCGCUUUAAAGGGAACAUGUCAAGUGCAAUUUAGCCUUUUAGUGAAUUUUUUAUCCAUGGGAUCGAAAUAAAUUUUAAGAAAUUUAUAACAAACUCACAGUA